AUGUUUGCAACUUAUCUUGCCCUCUUCACACUUGUUGUGUCUCAUGCAUCGGCAUGGUUCCCAGGAGUACAAAAACAAAUAUUCGCACUAGACGGUACAAACCUCUUCAACGAUACAAAGCUCUUCAAUGGCAAUGAUACAUCCCAGGGCAACUCAAUCUCCCAAAGAUGGCUUCAGGCUUCAGGCAAGGUUCGAGGAGUCAACCUAGGUUCUCUAUUCGUCUUUGAACCAUGGCUUGCAGGAACCGAAUGGUCCAAUAUGGGUUGCGGAUCAUAUAACUCUGAGUUUGACUGCGUGUCGGCUUUGGGCCAGAGCACAGCCAACAGUGUUUUCCAGAACCACUGGAACACGUGGAUCACCCAAAGUGACAUCACGCAGAUGCAGAGCUACGGCUUGAAUACCAUCCGAAUUCCAGUCGGGUACUGGAUGAUGGAGUCCCUGGUGUACAGUGAUAGUGAACACUUCCCUCAAGGAGGUUUAUCAUACCUGCAGAGAGUCUGCGGCUGGGCGAGUGAUGCCGGGUUCUAUAUCAUUAUUGAUCUGCACGGCGCCCCUGGAGCACAAGUAUCACAGAACUCAGAUACGGGACAAUAUGCUUCUUCUCCAGGCUUCUACGCCGACUACCAAUAUGACCGUGCUACCCAGUUUCUUUCCUGGCUGACAACUAUUAUUCACUCAACAAACGAAUUCCGAAAUGUUGGCAUGAUUGGCAUUGUUAAUGAACCCGUUCAGAAUCCCGACACAAUUGGGACUCUGCGAUCGAGCUAUUAUCCCAACGCUUACUCUGCUAUCCGUAACGCAGAAUCGGCAGCAGGAGUCACGUCGAAUAACUAUGUCCACGUAGAAACAAUGAAUGCUCUCUGGGGUUCGGGAGACCCAAAUCAAUACAUGAGUAAUACGAACUUCAUGGCGUAUGAUGAUCAUAGAUACAUCAAAUGGGACAGUUCUGUUGCCGUAAGCCAAGCUGCUUAUAUCUCAGACUCGUGCAACAACAAUCGGAACAGCGACAACGAAACCCCUACGAUCGUUGGAGAGUUCAGUCUUAGCGUGCCUGACGACGUCCAGUGGACUUCUGGAUGGGACCCGACCGACAACAAGAGCUUCUACACGCAAUGGUUUGCAGCACAAGUACUGAGUUACGAAAAAAACACCAAUGGCUGGAUAUUCUGGACGUGGAAAUCUCAGCUUGGUGACUACAGAUGGUCAUAUCAAGAUGCCGUAGCUGCUGGGGUUAUUCCUAACAAUCCUGGUAAUGUGAACCAGGCCGCAUGUAACGGGGUUUAG